AUGUCGUUUGAAACACGAUUCCAAGACCUCACUAGUUUGGAAAUGGAACUUAAGGUGUUCAGCACUCCUUUUUCAGUUUCCCCCGAUGACUUGUCACCGUCACUUCAAUUGGAGAUAAUUGAUUUGCAAAAUUCAACUUUGUUGAAAGAGAGGUACUACAACACGUUGGAUUUGUCACGAUGUAAGGAACGAUUGUUUCUUCAGGAUGCAACAAUGAAGGCCAUCCUCCGCAUAAACUCUGCGAACACUUUGACGCCUGAUAUUUCUGAUCUUGUAAUGAAAAGAAAAUGUCAAGCUACAGAGACCCAAUAA